CCAAGUGCUUGGACUAUGUCAACGGCUGCGUGCAGGACGGGCUGUUCCAGCUGCUGCACUGAGCGCUGCGCUUCCUGUCUGACGGCACAAACCCACAGAGGGAGGGGCGGAGCCUCCUCCGUCGGUCACUGCAGGAUGAACGGCAGCAGCAGCGUCUCCACGGCUCAGAGCGCCAGGGUCAAGACUGAACCAGAUGACUGGAGUAAGGAGGACUGUCUGACUCUGCUGGAGAGGAUUCGCACCGUGUUGCCUGACGGAGACGCCAUGAAGUACAAAACCACCGAGUCGCACUUUGAUUGGGAGAAAGUUUGUUUUGGCGGCUUCACCGGCGAGAUGUGUCGCCAGAAGUGGCAGAAAGUCUCGUCUGAGGUCAGGAAGUACCGAACAAUGACGGAGCUCAUCGUGGACGCCAUCGAGUUCGUGAAGAACCCGUAUAAAGGCAAGAAACUGAAGACUCACCCAGAUUUCCCAAAGAAGCCUCUGACGCCAUACUUUCGCUUCUUUAUGGAGAAACGAGCCAAAUACGCCAAAAUCCAUCCAGAGAUGAGCAACCUGGACCUCACCAAGAUCCUGUCCAAGAAGUACAAGGAGCUGCCCGACAAGAAGAAGCAAAAGUACAUCACAGAGUUCCAGCGUGAGAAAGAAGACUUCGAGAAGAACAUGGCUCGAUUCAAGGAGGAGCACCCCGAGCUGAUCGAGGAGAGGAAGAAGUCGGACCUGCCGGAGAAACCCAAAACCCCCCAACAGCUGUGGUACAACCACGAGAAGAAGACCUACAUGAAGCUGCACCCUGAGGUGAGUCAAAAGGAGCUGAAGGAUGCUCUGAGGAGACAGUGGUCCCAGCUGUCCGACAAGAGGAGACUGAAGUGGAUCAGCAAGGCGCUGGAGCUCCAGAAAGAUUACGAGGACAGCAUGAGGGUGUACCUGGAAGCUCAUCCAGACGUGAACUCGGACGAUCACGUGCGCUCCGUCCUCACCAAAGCCGAGAGACAGCUGAAAGACAAGUUCGACGGGCGGCCGACCAAACCUCCCCCUAAUGGGUACUCGCUGUACUGCGCUGAGCUGAUGGUGAACAUGAAGGACGUGCCGAGCACGGAGCGCAUGGUGCUGUGCAGCAAACAGUGGAAGAUGAUGACGCAGAAGGAGAAGGACAUGUUCCAGAAACGCUGCGAGCAGAAAAAGAAGCAGUAUGACAUCGACCUGCAGCGCUUCCUGGAGAGUCUUCCAGAGGAGGAACGUGACAGAGUCAUGACUGAGGAGAAAAUGGGUGGGGCCAAAUUGGGUGCAGGCGUGGCCUCAAGCCCCCACAGAGCCAAGUCUCCAUCAGUCAAGGAGCGGUUUCGGGAGGCGGAGUCUGAGCCGUGGGUCCCUGCUGGACCGCCAAAAGAAAGACGGGACGGGAAAAAGACGGCAGCAGCAAAGCUUCCAGAGACGCCAAAGACGGCGGCGGAGAUGUGGCAGCAUAGCGUGAUUGGCGACUACCUGGCUAAAUACAGAAGUGACCGCAGGAAGGCCCAGGCAGCGAUGGACAUGGCGUGGAACUCGAUGGAGAAGAAGGAGAAGAUUCUGUGGAUCAAGAAGGCGGCAGAAGACCAGAAACGUUACGAGAGGGAGCUGUUGGAGAUGAGGACUCCAGCGGGGGGUCAGCGGAAGCCCAAGUUUGACGGCGAGCCGAAGAAGCCUCCAGUGAGCGGCUACCAGAUGUUCUCCCAGGAGCUGCUGACCAAUGGCGAGCUGAACCACUUCAGCCUGAAGGAGCGGAUGGUGGAGAUCGGGAAACGCUGGCAGAAGCUGAGCCAGAGCCAGAAGGACAAGUACAAGAAGCUGGUAGAGGAGCAGCAGGUGGAGUACAAGGCAGAGCUGGAGGCCUGGGUCAAGUCUCUGUCUCCUCAGGACCGCGCCGUCUACAAGGAGAUCUCGUCUUCGAAACGUCGCAGCACCGCCAAAGUUCGCAGCAGCCCCGCAGCUAAAGUCCGCGUGACUGCGAAGGGGAAGGCGGGAAGCUCAAGAGCUGUGACACCCGGAGUGGCGGUGAGCAAGAGGGCGAUGGCGUACCGAGCCAAGCAGGACAUGUCUGACUCGGAUGAGGAAGAGGAGAAGAGCGAGUCAUCGGACUCUGACGAAGACGACGAGACGUCAGGAAGCACAGACAGCGAUGACGAUGAGAACGACGAUGAGGAAGACGAGGAUGAUGAAGACCAGAGCUCCUCUGAGGAAUCCAGUGACUCCGACACAGACUAGCUCCACCCUUUCCUCCUCAUUGGAGAGGACAGGCUGUGCAGGCCACACCUCCUCACAGACCAAUCAUCCUGGCAGACCAAUGAGAGGAUGUUAUGCGGCACCGGCCCCUCCCGCCUUCUUCUGAAGAGGGCGGAGCCUUUUGUUACUCGUGUUUGUUUUUUAUCGAGUGUGUGUUGGUUUUUAGCAGAUGGGCGGAGCAAAGCUCAGGUGGGCUCUCAAGUGUCCUUUUCACAAAAUGGUGAAGGCAGGGCAGGGGGCGGGGUUUGUACAGUUUGGCAGGUGGGGGCGCAAUGAGCAGCAGUUCAGGGUUCAGCCGCCCACCUCAAAUUAUUAAUAAAUGCACUUUUUUCUCA